ACAUUUAAAUGGUUUUCAUAAUUUAAAGUAACGCCUUUUUUAAAAAGAAAAAGUAAUAUUUAAAAUAAAUAUUUGAUAUCCAAAUACAUACUACUUAGCUUAUAAACUAAAUGGUUUUAAGCAUGUUGAAUGUGGCAGAGGUUUAGUGAAAAAAAUCAGAAAUAUUAAAGCUUAAAAAAUGUCUAGCUCUACUUUCAUAGAUAUUGACGAUAAAUCCUUAAGUACUAGUUUGAAUGAACUUGAAGAUCAAAAACUAAAGGUAGAAUCUAAUUUAAUUAUUGUAAUAAAUAAUAAAAGCGGCAAAGUUUCUGUAGACGAAAGAACAUUACAUAGUUUGUUAGUAGCUGAUGAAACUACCCAAACGUCGGUAAGCAUCGUGAGUGUUUGUUCGCCAACGCCAAGCAUGCAGAAUGAAAUUGAUGCAGAAGAUACACAAAGAAAUGGAGAAGAUGAAACCGAUGAAAAUGAAGAAGAAUCGAUGAAAAUCGAUGUUGAUUCAACAGUAAAAUCGCAGCUCUGCAGUAAAAAAGGUUUUUCAUGUGUAGGAAUAACUAUUGAAAAUCAUUAUUCACCUAAACAAUCAAAAUCAUUUGUUGCUGAUGUGUUGAAAUUAGCUGGUAUAGAGAAUCGAAUUUCCAUCGAUUAUGAAUUCCAGAGAUAUGUAAUACAAAAUGACCACUGUUAUACUAACUCAAUAUUUUCAAAUAAAUGUAAAUUGGUCUCUUCAAAAAAGCAGAAAAAUGUUCAAAACUUACCAUCACCUUCAAAACGAGCUUUAGAAACGAAUGAAACAAAGGAAAAAUAUUCAGAAAAACAAGUGAAAAACAAUAAAGCAGAAGAAGACGCACUUGAAAGUUCAGAAUCUGAAUAUGGAACAGAAAAUACAGAAAAUACGUCUCUGGAGGAUAAUGACGAUGAAAGUGAUCUAGACUUUGAGAUAAAUCGGUCGAGCCGCUCCUUUAAAAAAAACAAGAAAAAAAGAAAGAUAUCAAAAAACAAAAGUGUAUUGAGACAAGGCAUUUCAAAAAUUAGCAAAAAGCGUCAGUGGACUCGUUUGACAGACUUUGAGGAGGCGGGAACAAGCAAAGACAGUAUUAACAAAGGACACAUAUCAAAAACAAAUCUACUUGAUAAAACUAUGGUAGCAUACCAACGGAAAAUAUCCAAGGGUAAGCAGCUUCCUCGGAGUACUGAAUCUAAAAUUGAAGAGAAUGCAACUCCUAAAGUAACAAUUUCUUCAGAGGAACAGUGUAAAGUUAAACAGUUAAAAAGUGUAAACGAAGAAGAUUUAUCUGUAAAUGAAAAAGAUGUAUUUUUAAAUGAAAAAGAACUAUAUAAAACUGAAAUAACUGGAGAGUAUGAUGAAAUGAAAACUGUACAAAACACAGAAAAUAAUACUUAUCCUGAAAAUUCCCUUCUUGAGACUUUGGGUGGAACUUUACCAGAAGAUUUUAUGUACAGUGUCGCUGAGCUUGCUGAAAAUAAAGAAAUUCAAGAAAUCAUCGAUAAACAAGUACAAGGAAUGGAAAUAGAUUCUUCAAAUGUGUCCGAAGUUAAUGAAACAGCUGCUAUAAACAUAUGUAAUAAAGUAACAAAUUCAGAUAUUAAUACUAAAGUUAGCGACGGUUCACCAAGCAAAUUAUUGAGAGUUAUAACAAGUCACAGUCGAGUGAUUGAUUUACCUCAAAUUGAACUUCCUUCAACUUCAACAAAAGGUGCUAAAAAACGUCGUCAAAGUAACAAUAUGGAAUUGGAGGCUGAUGUAUCAGAAAGUAAAAUGUUUGAAACAUUUAAAAAUAAAAAUGAAACAUCUCGCACAGAAGAGCCUUGUAAACUUGAUGAAAUCAAUGUGUCAGAAAAAAACAAGGAUAUCAUAAAAACAAAACGAAAAAGAAGAAUUACAAAUCCCGCUGUUUUGGCAGUAUUAUCAAAUGAGAAAAAUAAUGAAAGUGAAUCUGCAGAUAGUUGGAAUUCAGAAGACGAUCCAGAUAGAUUAUGGUGUAUUUGUCGUCAACCCCAUAAUAAUCGUUUUAUGAUAUGUUGUGAUGUAUGUGAAGAAUGGUUUCAUGGAAAGUGUGUUAAUGUUACCAAAUCACAAGGAAAUCAAAUGGAAUCAGCUGGAAAAGAUUGGACAUGUCCAAACUGUUUAAACGAAAAACAAAAUAAGGUACAACCAAAAAUAACAACCUUUUUGGAACCAAGCAAACUUACAUUUAAAACUGAAAACCUGUGUAUUAUUUGUAAAUCGAUAACAAAAAAAGGGUCUGUUUACUGUAGUGACAAUUGUAUCUCAAAUCAUAUAAAUGAUGUACUGUUAAAAAAUACCAAUAAGUUAAUCAGCAAUGAAGGUACUAAAAUUAUUGGUGAAAAGGAUAAUGAAAAAAUAAAUGUUGUUGAAAAAUCUACAAAUCGAUAUCUUUCUGGUGAAAAUGCUCCGUCAGUAAUGAAAAUAAAACAAUGGCUAAAAGAUCAUCCCUCAUUUCAAAUUGCAACAGAAACGGAAAUGCAUUCACUCAAAUCAAGUCACCAACACAAAAAAGAGUGGCAAGGAAAAAAAGAUACACAAAAAUUUGUACCUAAUUCAAAACUUGAAACUAAACAAAAAACAGUACAGUCACAAUUUAAUUCACCCCCUAGUUCAAAAGAAAUAUUUGAAUCGAUAAAGCCUACUCCUAAAAUACAUUCAGCAUCUUCAAACUAUCGACAAACUAGUACAAACAAGAGCUCACAUGAGAAAAAAAAUGUUACACAACAAACAAUGUCCACGAGUAAGGAUAUUCGGGAUCAUGAUAUAAUCAGGGCCAAAUCAAGAGAAGGGUUACAAGCAGCUUUAGAAGAGCGUAUGAUCGAAAUUAAAAAAACCAACGCAGUGCAUUUGACAACAGAAGAAAUUAAAGAAUUUGCUCAUAGUGUUGAAAAUGAGCUCUAUUUACUAUUUAACAAAGACUGCAAUCAAAAAUAUAAAAUGAAAUACCGAUCAUUAAUAUUCAAUAUUAGAGAUAGAAAAAAUUUAACAUUGUUUCAAAAAAUAUGUGAAAAGUCCAUCAAACCUUUUCGGUUGGUGCGGAUGGAUCCCCAAGCAUUGGCAAGUCAAGAGCUUGCUAAAUGGCGAGAAAUGGAAAACAAGCAUCAGUUAGAUAUAAUUAAAAAAUCUGAAUUAGAGUUACUUGCUUGUUCAAAAAACUAUGUUGUAAAAACGCACAAAGGAGAAGAAUUUUUUGAAACCAAAAACACGGAGUCAAAAGAUUUAGACACCAAAAUGGCUGUUGAUGACAUACAAAGUACUGAUUCACCUGCAGAUUCAAAUGAGAUGAAUAUUUUGUUCCGAACUUCAAAAUCGCAGGAAAAAUCACAAAAUAAAUAUACAGAAAAAAAGUAUGAUGAAAAAGAGAAAAAACAUCAUCGUAGUAGCAAACACAGUAAACACAAAAGAAAACAUAGCAAGGAUCGUUCUGAAAGUAGACAUAGUAGAAACAACAGUAACAAAAAAAGUCGUCAUGAAAAGAAAUAUGAUAAAUCCCAAAUAGGAGCACAAACCGAAGAAAAAAUGGAAUCCAUAGAGUCAUUAGAAAUGACAGCGCCAACUGAGGAAGAUUUCAAUUUGAUAGACAAAAUACUAGAGGGCUCUCAAGUGAUUUUAAACCGCCCAAAGAAUUCUUUGGCUUCAAACAACAUAAAAAAUUCGUAUGCAAACACAGAAAAUUAUCAAAAGAGCUUACAAUAUUCAGAAAGUGUCCAGAGUCUAAAAAAAGAAUCUUUAACAAAUCUACCUUCAGAGAAAUGUAAAACCAUUUGGAGAGGCAAUAUUAAUAUGAUUGAUGUGGCUAGUUUCUUUGUUGAAAUAAGCCCACUGCUUGGAGAUGCAGCAUCUGUAAAAACACAUUUCCCUAAAUCAUUGGAAAUCGUUGGACGAAUCGCGCCAGAAACAGUUUGGGAUUAUAUAGAAAAAAUACAAAAAAGUCCGAACAAGGAAAUUAUAGUUGUCCGAUUUUCCUCUCCGGAGGAAGUUAAUUAUGUGACAUUAUAUCAGUAUUACAUCAUGCGUCGAAGGUUUGGAGUUAUCAAAUCUAAUUCUUCAGUUGUUAAAGAUUUUUAUAUUUUUCCACUGCCAGCGGAAAACGAUCUUCCUCACAUAUUAAGUUCAAUAAAAGGAAUAGGAUUUCUUGACGAAAAAAAUAAGCCUAAUCUUCUGAUUGGAGUUAUUGUAAAAACUAUUUCUAAACAAGGCUCACGGACUAGUUAUAAACAAAGUCCAACAUUACAGAUUUCGAAAGAGAGUAUGGAACGAAAAAGAAACCUUGUAAUGGCGAAUGUCGAACAAACAAGCAGUUUCUCAAAAAAGAGUAAAUUAUUGUCAUUAAGUUUACCAAAAACUAAUUUUAAAGAUGAAGAUGAGCCAUAUACACCUGAAGAUAGUGACGAAAACGUAUCAAUUAUCGACAAAAAUAUAUCAGAAUCAAGUAUACAAUCAAACAUUAUUGGCCAAGAAGUAAUAAAACUCAAUCAGAUUAAUCGAGAAAUAGAAGUACGUAAAAUAGAAAUAGCUGGAAUGUUAAAAGUGGAUUGUGAACAAUUGAGCGAACCAUAUUCACCUUCUCGUCCCGUUGAUUCACCAAGGCGCACAAAAAAAUUACCUAGUUUGGAUCAAAUAGCAAUACCUUCUAACCUUUCUGAGAUUCUAGCUAGUAUUAAAAGCUCUACACAUUCAGUGUGUGUAAAUGAUACUACCGAAAAGUAUGAUACAUCUGGAAAAAUUGAAAAUUCAAACGAAGGAUACAAUGUUGCUCAAAUGUCACAUAAAAACCUUAAUGAAGCAAAGAUUUGUCAUGUUGGACAAAAAGACUUGGAUUUGCGAAUUUUGCAACAAGCAGUACAAGAAAUUGGAAGUCAAAACAAUGCUAAGAAUGAUACCAUUGUAGAUAUAGAUUUACGUAAGGAAUAAUAAUAUGAUUUUUAAUACUUAAUAAUUAAUGGAACAAUUGUAACAUUUUUUGUUUAUAUACUUAUAUUAAAUACAUAUUUAAUACAUACAUUCUUAUAUUUAUGAUUUUGAUUGUAUUUUUAAAUAUUACUUGUUAUAUGGGUCAUCAUUGCGCGAGGAAUCACGGAAAAUCACAACUUCGUCAAAUCAAAAAUAUAAGAUACUUUCCAUCUAGAGCAUGAAAAAAUAAAAAAAAACUUGUUCUAGCGAAACUCUCUGGCGGUUGAUUUCCCAAGUUUUACUCUAUUACUCCGAACCCAAAAAUGUCCCGUUUUUCAUACAUUUUACUCUACAGUAAAAUCGGUUUCUGAAGAAAAACUAGAAAAAUCAAUUGCCAGAAAAUUUCGCUAGAACAAAACUUUCUUAUUUUUUAUAUUAUUUCAUAGAUUUUUGAUUUGGCGUAGUUGUGAUGUUCCGUGAUUCCUCGUAUAAUGACCCAUAUAUAAUUCACUUCAAUAAAUAUGUCCUCAAAUUUCUAGCAGUUUUCAAUCAUUUAUAUUUAUUGACAUUGCCUCUAGGUUCAACUAAAUAAGCAUACCUAAUUGGGUUUAUUUUAUUUAUUGUACACCUAAUGUGCAAAUUUGAUUUCAGGCCAUAAAAUCAAAAAUAUUUUUGGGGAUUUUCACGUUUUACAAUAUUAUAAUCUUAA